AUGGUUCCACUGAGAAGAAGGCUGCUGGCGCAGGCUUCCGGCGAAGAGAGGCUCCUCGUCCGGCUCGCCGAUAUCGCCUCCCUGUCCUCGGCCUCUGCGGAGAGUCCUUGCGGCGGCGGCGGUGGCGGAGGUGAAGAGGAGGCACCCUACGCGGACGUGCCCCGGCGCGGAAGGCGGUGGGAGAGGAAGCCCUACCCCACCCCCGUGAAGGAGCUCGUCCGCCAGGCCAAGGCAGAGCGGAGGGCGCGCCUCGCCAAUCCCUGCCGCGUCAUCGAGCACCCCCCCGACAACGGCCUCCUCGUCGCCGACCUUAUCCCCGUCGCCCGCCGCGUGCACUUCGCCUGGCAGUCCCUCCUCCGGGGGCUCUCCCGCCUCCUCGCCCAACCCUCCUUCCGCGACGCCGUCCACCGCUGCCGGUACGAAUAGAGGGCGUCUCUCCAUCAUCUCAACCGAUCCGAGCCGGUGAUCCUAACCCCCCUCUCUCUCUCUCCGGUCAGCUUCUGCGAGGAAGUCCACGUUGGGCGCAGCGGGGGGCACGAGAUACGGAGCUGCGAGGGCCGGGGAAGCGCCGCCAGGGGCGGCGGCCACGCGUGGACGAGGGGCGGGAUCCGGGAUGUCGCCCGCUUCCCCCACUGCUUCCACCUCGUCGACCGGGUCGGCAGGCCCAGGGUUGGUCACAAGGAGCGGCUCCUCGUACCGCGCCUCCCGGCCGUGGUGGAGCUGUGCAUCCAGGCGGGCCUGGACCUCGACGACUUCCCGGCCAGGCGGAGGACGAGGCCCGUCUGCUCAAUCGAGGGGCGCAUCGUCGACUUCGAUCCGCAGCCUGAGGUGCUCGCCUCCGCCCCGCAGGCCCCGGUGUGGCCGGCGGAGGAAGAGGAGACGGAGGAAGGGGAGGAGGGGCUGAGGAGGCUGGGGGAGAGGACGCUGGAAUCGUGGCUGGAGAUUUGCGGCGGGGCGGAGCGACUGAUGGAGAGGUACGCGGUGCAGACCUGCGGGUACUGCGCGGAGGUGCAGGUCGGCCCCAAGGGGCACAAGGUAAGGAUGUGCCGGGCGGCGGGGCACCAGUUCCGGGCGGGGCUGCACGCCUGGCAGGAGGCCACGGUCGACGACCUCAUCGGGCCCAGCUACGUGUGGCACAUGCGGGACCCCGCCGGACCCCCGCCGGCCAACGAGCUCAAGCGCUUCUACGGCAAGGCGCCCGCCGCGGUGGAGCUCUGCGUGCAGGCCGGCGCCCCGCCCCCGCGCCAGUACUGGAGCAUGAUGCGCCUCGACGUCGCCCUCCCCGCCCCAGACGAGCGCGACCUUGUCGCCUGA